AGAAAAAAGAUAGUUUUCAAUGGCUUUUUGCCUCCUAACAAUUAUAGUCACUUUUGGUCUUCUUUCUUACUUUGGUUCUUCGUUUGAUCCAACCCCUUUUCAAGAUUUUUGUGUUGCAACUAGUGAUUCCAAUGCUGCAGUGUUUGUGAAUGGAAAAUUUUGCAAAGAUCCAAAAUUGGCCACAGCAGACGAUUUCUUUCUUGCAGGACUUAACGUUAGUGGAAAUCCUUUACCAGGAUUGGGAACAUUUGUAAAUUUAGUCGAUAUAAAUCGUCUUGCAGGACUCAACACUCUUGGAAUUUCACUUGUUCGCGCUGAUUUUUCACCAUUGGGCCUAAUUCCACCCCAUACACACCCUCGUGGCACUGAAAUUAUUGUUGUCAUAGAGGGUACUCUCUAUGUUGGAUUUUUGGCCCCUGACACUACAAAUCCAUUAAAAACUAGAUCUUUUACAAAAAUAUUGAGUAAAGGGGAUGUAUUUGUGUUCCCACAAGGAUUAAUUCAUUUUCAGUAUAAUAUUGGACAUACUAAUGCAACUGUUUUUGGUGCUUUCAAUAGCCAAAAUGCUGGGCUAAUUGUGGUUGGAAGUGAACUAUUUGGAUCAAAUCCACCACUUGUGGAUGAUGUUCUUUCAAAAGCAUUCCAAUUGGACAAGAAAAUAGUGAAACAACUUCAAGGAUUGUUCUCAUAGAAUUAAACAAGAGAAAUUAUGUCUUGAAAAAUAAUAUGUAUACUACGUGAGGAAAUUUUAGAUUAGUAAUUAGUUGGCUAUCUGAAUUUUCAUCUUGUUGAUGAAGAUUCGAUUCUCCGCCUUGUAAUCCCCUCUCCCUCCCUGUAUCACCUUCCCCUAAUAACCCUAAAUUUAAAAUAAAAUAAAAAGAAUUAUAUUGUGUGAGAAUUAUUGGUUGUUGUUAUAAUUUAAGUUUUGAUGCAUCAAUAAAUCAUGAGACCUGAUUGGCGGACUUGAUUCCAUGAUCGGUGUGUGUCACAUAUCAAAUGGGAGCCAACUGUAAAAGUUGUCACCACCUGCUGUGGUUGGUGGGCAAAUAAGAAGAGAUUACUAAUCAUGGGACCUGAUCGGGGGACCUGGUCCAACUGUAAAAGUUGUCACCACCUGCUGUGGUUGGUGGGUAGCAGCUGAAGGACAGAGACGUCCAGCCAAUCAGAAGGUACUAGGUUGUUUCGUCCAUAUGCUAAAUACUAUCUUUAGGACAUGAAAUAAAUCAGUUCCACAUAUCACAUUUACAAGGCAAAAGAAAAAAGGAGUGUGUGCUCAAAAGAAAGAAUACUUCCUCAAAGCAGCAGGGGACCUGAUCGAGCUACUAUUGAAGAAUAGUUUUUAGGUUGUUGCUUUGUUGUAAUGUUGUGUCUUAUAUUCUAACAUUGUAAGAUCAGUUCCUAUGCUAUAAAGGAAUAUUGAUCAUGUUUCCUUAUAUCAGUUUUGCAUCGAGUUCAUAGCUAGAGUUAGCUUUGAAAGGUGUGUUUGCAGUCUAUGUCAACUAGAAGUAGUUAGUAUAGUGGGCAAUACAGUUAUUGCUUAGUUUCCGAGUCAUGGCUAGAGUUAGCUUGAUCGGAGUAUUCAAAGUCUAUGUCAACUAGAGUUAGUUGGGAUAGUGGGAAAUAGAGGUAUUGCUUAGGCUCAAAGUCUUGUAAUAGAGGUAUUG